AUGUCUAUCUCAGAUUGGGCAGAAUUGCCCGACGGCAUAUUGGAUUCAAUUUUAGAGAGGUUGGAGUUGGUGUCGGAUUACUUGCAUUUCAGUCUUGUUUGUUGGUCAUGGAAUUACGUUGCAAAGGAGAGCACCGUCAAGGCUAAGAUGAUGUUACGUUAUAAUCGUCCUCCGAUGCUGUUAAUCUCUAGUUCUACCAAAAAGGGCAAGAAUACUUGGAAUGUAUACAACUUCAUCAAUAAUAAGGUCCUUGAUUUGCAAUUAGAGAUGCCAAAUGUGCGAUUUUGUGGGUCUUCCAAAGGAUGGUUGAUAGCUAUAAGGAAUAAUUUUGCAGUAACCUUAAUAAAUCCCUUCUUUAGGGUUAAAGGCACGAGAAAGAAAGAAAAUUCUAUCAUUCACCUUCCUCCAAUAACCACGGAAUUUCCCGAAAACGAAAAGGACAUCUGGGAGAGAGAGUUUGCUCAUUAUGCGUUCAGGGCUACAAUUUCAGCUGAUCCAAUAUUAAACACAAAUGAUUGCAUUGUUGCUGUCAUAUAUGAGCACAGAUGCCUAUUGGCUUUUAUUAGACUCGGUCAAGACACAAAAUGGACUUUCAUUGAUCAAAGGUGGUUCCCAUUUUAUGAUGUUGCUAUUGUUCAAGAGACGUGCUAUGCUGUUCGUGGUCAACGUGGCGAGCUUUUGUCUUUCGAUAUUGCCACUGGGAACAACUCUAAAACGAAAAAGAAAAUGAGACAGAAUUUCUGCUCUGAUGUAGAACGUGUGGCACCAGCUGUUAGACAAGAUCGUCGAUAUGUAAACACCAUGACGUAUCUCGUGGAUUCAACUCAGGGAAAAUUGUUGAUGGUUCAAAGAGACAUUACUCACAAACCUGGCACACGUGAAACAUUGAAAUUCGAAGUAUAUGAAUUAGAUUUCGAUAAGUUUUGGUGGAAAAAGAAAAAGACCUUAGGCGAUGUUGCAAUCUUUUUGGGGGACAACUCUUCAAUAUCCGUAGUUGCUUCACAUUUUCCAGGAUGUCAGCCAAAUUGCAUAUAUUUCAACCAUGAUUAUGUUAGGAUAAGAAUAAAAGUCGAGGAAUGUGGACCUCAUGAUUUUGGCGUGUAUAACUUGGAAGAUAAAAGUCUUCAUGUUGGUGUGUAUAAUGUUCAAGAUAAAAUGUCUUCACAUCUUUCCAUCUUGUUAAAGAAGACUGAUCGAUUACCAAUAUGGGUUGUGCCGACGUUUCAAAUGUGA